AUGUCGCAUACACAAUCGCAACGAUACCUCAGUACGCGGGGUUCUUCCUAUGGCCUCUCCUUCGAGGAAGUUGUCCUCAAAGGUCUUGCCUCUGACGGCGGUCUUUUCAUCCCCGAGCAAAUCCCUGAACUCCCCGCUGGUUGGGAAACCGAAUGGCGCGAUCUGAGCUUCGAGGAUCUCGCCUUCAAAAUCUUCUCUCUCUACAUCUCCACCAGCGAAAUCCCCUCGGACGACCUUAAAGAUAUUAUCCGUCGAUCAUAUUCUACAUUCCGGCAUGAAAAGCGCACUCCGCUUGUCGAACUCAGCAAGGACAAAAAGCUGCACCUUCUCGAGCUUUUCCACGGUCCGACAUUCGCCUUCAAGGAUGUUGCUUUGCAAUUUCUGGGCAAUAUGUUUGAGUACUUCCUCGUACGGAAGAACAAGGGCAAGCAAGGAAAAGACCGUCAUCAUUUGACAGUCAUUGGUGCAACAAGUGGAGAUACUGGUUCUGCCGCUAUUUACGGUCUUCGAGGCAAGAAGGAUGUUUCUGUCUUUAUCCUCUUUCCCAAGGGCAAAGUGUCCCCCAUCCAACAGGCUCAGAUGACCACAGUAUUGGACGCGAAUGUGCACAACUUGACUGUCGAGGGAACUUUUGACGACUGCCAGGAUAUUGUAAAGUCCUUGUUUGCCGACGCCGAUCUCAACUCGACGCAUAACGUUGCUGCUAUUAACUCCAUUAACUGGUGCCGUAUCUUGGCACAGAUUUCAUACUACUUCUACUCAUAUUUCCAGUUGACAAAACAAGUUGGCUCCGCGUCCGUCCGUUUCGUUGUUCCGUCCGGUAACUUCGGUGACAUUCUGGCUGGUUGGUUCGCGAAGAGAAUGGGUCUUCCCGCUGAGAAACUCGUCAUUGCUACAAACGAGAAUGAUAUCCUCGACCGCUUCUUCAAGAGCGGUGGCCACUACACCAAGAAGCCUAUCCAGGGUAAGGCUGCCGAAGGCGGACUUGUCCAGGACGGCGUCAAGGCCCACGAAGAAGGUGUCAAAGAGACAUACAGCCCAGCAAUGGACAUCCUCGUCAGCAGCAACUUUGAGCGUUUGCUAUGGUUCCUUACAUUCGACGCCGAAACGGGCUCGAUCGAUGAGCGUCGCGCAAACGCUAGCAAGCGCAUCAGCAGCUGGUUGAGCGAGCUCAAAUCCCAAGGUGGCUUUAGUGUCAGCGAAGCUGUCCUCGAAGGCGCUAAGAAAGAAUUUGAGAGUGAGCGUGUCAGCGACGAAGAGACUCUUGAAAUCAUCCGCAACAUCUACACUUCUUCUUUCCCCGCCAACCUUGGGCCCGGAAGUGCACACAGCUCCAAGACUGGCGGCUACAUCCUCGACCCUCACUCCGCUGUCGGUGUAGGCGCUUCCUUUAGAUCCAUCCAGCGCAGUCCCGAGGCGCAUCACAUUUCCUUGUCAACUGCGCACCCCGCCAAAUUCGGUAAUGCGGUUGACCUAGCACUCCGCGGCCAAGAGGGAUACGACUUUAGUGAAGUACUACCACAGGAGUUUGUGGGGCUAGAGCAAAAGGAGAGCCGCGUGACGCCCGUUGGCGCUGGGUUGGGAUGGCAGGGUGUGCGCGAGAUUGUGAAGACGGAGGUUGAGCAGGAGCUUCAGGGGCUUCGAUGA